AUGCCGUUUAUGCGGAUAUGGAAAUCUCGAUUCUCCUCGUUACCUGCACCUCACAGCAUCCGUGUCGACAACGAACCAAUAAGUACUUAUACAGGAGGCACAGAAUCGGUUCCCCUCGAUCGUAAACGUCCGCACUUUUCCUUUACCGACAAAGAAAAACAAGGAGCUCUCCAAGCACAGAUCGAACCUGCCUCGAGUUCUUCUGCACAGGAACCAGCCCACUUUUGGAAAGACAUCAAUCCACCGGCCGAGCAUCAGUUUACACCAGCCGUGUUUGUUUAUAACCGUGCCAACCCAUCCUUACCAUCUCCAUCACCCUCGUCAGUCCAGCCUCAGAACCGAGACGCAAUGAAUCGGAGCGAACCCACCUCGAUCAGAAACAGUGCUCUCCCGGGCUACAACGACGUGAGCGGCGCAGUUAUAGUCGAUUGGAACGGGCUACCUCAUUUCCUCUCGCCCCAGGAGGAGGUCGAGCGGAAAUUGAAACUGGAGUGUGCCGUACGCGAACGGAUGUUAGGAUUGUCGAGACGGACGGAUUUUGCUUGGGAAAGUCCUUGUCAGGGAACCGCAUUGCCGCAGUACUCGCCUGCAAAGGCGAAACGAUCACAACGACCGUCGUAUAGAAGCGACCGCUAUUGA